AAUAUCUCAGUUAUUCAAGUCAGCAUCUGCCGAUCAGCCACCUCGCCUGCUAUCUAAGGCUCUUUGACAGUCUCACCCUCAAAUAUCUCCUGUAACACAGACGCGACAAUCAAACUAGGACCACAGCGCAACCAUGUCCGAACGAAAAGUGCUCAGCAAAUACUACCCUCCCGACUUCGACCCGUCGGCGAUCGGCAGGACGCCAAAGCAUCUGAGACAGACCGGCCCCAAGGUCAUAACCGUCCGUCUCAUGGCGCCCUUCUCCAUGAAAUGCACUCACUGCGGCGAAUACAUCUACAAAGGCCGCAAAUUCAACGCGCGCAAAGAAACCACCGACCAGAAAUACCUCAACAUCCCCAUCUACCGCUUCUACAUCCGCUGCACGCGCUGCAGCGGCGAGAUCACCUUCCUGACGGACCCCAAGGCAAUGGACUACAAGGCGGAAAAGGGCGCAAAGCGCAACUUCGAGCCAUGGCGGGACACCAAGAACGAUAUCGAGGAGACGGAGCAAGAGACGCUGGACCGGCUGGAACGCGAGGAGAACGAAGAACAGGAGCGGUUGGAGCGGGAUAAGAUGGCUGAGUUGGAGGAGAAGAUGCUCGAUUCGAAGCGUGAGAUGGCGAUCGCGGAUGCACUGGAUGAGAUCCGGACGCGGAAUGCGCGAAUCGAGCGAAAUGAGGCGCUCAGUGGUGAUGUGGCGUUGACUCAUGUUCGAAAUGAGGUGGAUGAGGCGCGGCUGAGGGAGGAGAAGGAGAUUGAGGAGGCCGCCCGGAGGGCAUUCACGACGGAGACGGGCGAGAAGGUGAAGAGACUUGUGGAAGAUGAUACAAUCAGUGGGACGACUCCGAGCUCGAGUCAGACAGACACACCCCCUCCGCCCUCAUUCGCUAGGGUUAAGAAGCCCAAGAAGCCUCUGAUCAAUGGUUUAGGCAUCAAGAAGAAGCCCAAGCCGGCUCUGGUAUAACUGUAUAUAUGCGCCGAUUUCUCUGAUGAGCAGUUGGAGGUUGCAGGUCUUUGGCGUUUCGGUUUACGGCUAUGCAUAUCAUGGGAUCCUCAGCACAGUACCUUGUACAUACCAAUCAAUUAUGAUACAUCUAUUUCAAUUGAACCUAUUUC